AUGGUCAUUCCCUCCAUCUGCUGCAUGUCCUUUAUUUCCAAGAAAAGUCCUGAGAGCUGAGUGGUCAGCUACCAUCAGGCCAAUGGGAGUGUGAAAAACCUGAUCUUCUUCUCCUAAAAAGGCCAGAAGGUCUUCAGGAACCCCAAGUAGCAGAGGGUGCAGAGGUAUGUGAAUGACCUGGAGGCCAGGAAGCAUCGUCCUCAGGGGCCCAGGGCAGUGGGCAUCAAGGGCCCUGCGCAGCGACACCGUGGCAACAUCAUCACCCCCUAA